AGUCACUAACUGUCAUUAGGAAAGUAAGGGCUCCACAGGGUCUGGGAAGAUGAGAAGGAAGCGGCCAAGGAUUUUGGGAAGUCUUCGCCAUCCUGUUCCCCCUCAGGCUUCUUCUUCACCUGACAAAUCAAACAACAUUCAUUUCUUCCCAUCUCAUUCCCCCGCACCUCUGCCUGCCAUUCGUACCAACUCUCUUUCUGUUUUCUACCCUACCUCUUUCCCCGCCCUGAAGAACACUUCCUACUUCCCUACCUUAAUGAUUGCUAUGCCCAGCUCCUCCUGUGUAAACAAACUUUCCUCCAAGAGUCCCGCGCAUUUCACUACCCCUUCCUACCUGUCUACUCUCAUGACUCCCUCUUCUACAAGAGCACCGCUGGAUAGUUGCCCUCUUUCCCAUCCGGAAACUAGCUACUUUCAGCCAGAGUGGCGUAUCCUUCAGGAACUGAGCAAGAAUUCUCUAGACCCAGAGCUAGCAGUUGGAGGAAACAGAUUGGACCCUACAUCAUUGGUACCAGAGAAGCCACAGCCAGAGUCAAAUACGGAAAAUCAUGAAGUGGAAGAGGCUCAACCCCUGGAUAACUUUGAUGCCUUCACUCAGGAAGCACUGGACAGAAUGAGUUGUCAUUCGUCAACAACAGAAGAUUUACCAAAUAACUGUUUUGAGAUGAAGAACGCAGAGGAUAAUAACCUGGUGUGCACAGGCAGAGGCUGACCUGUGGAAGGGCUGCCAUUUGGAUCUGACAGGACAUUCCAUAGCAGUUCAUCAAGACAAGGAAGCGUGGGUGUGGCUCUUCUGGCUGGGAACACAGCUCAGCCACUCGUGCUGCACAUUUGAGAUCAGAGGCUAUAUUUGUCCAAGCUACCUACCUAUGGCCAACAAAUUCCACAUGCUUCUUUUUCAUUGUAAACCUGGGGACAAUGCCUCUAGUUAGCACUGUCAGCAAACAGUACUCCUAUAAACAUUAGCUCCAGGAGUUGGAGACCUUUAAGAAGGAUUCUGGAAUUCCAGAGUGAUGUGGCUAUGACCAGCAGAGACCUGGUUGCCCCCCAUGUGGGAUUCUUUGCCCUGGGAGGACCUUAGGCUCUUCAGUAUAGGAAAAGAGAAAGUCACACUCAAUGGGAAGCUUUGCCUCAUGUCAACUUCCAACAUUUGAAGAAUAUUUUUCAUUUACAUUAAUUGCACAAUAUAGACUCUAAAGCUUGUUUAUGAGGCUUGUUUUUCUUUAAUUUAAUUCUUGGUGAGACUUCAAUAGACUCAUUAUUUAAUAUCUAUUAAGAUCACAUCUGUCCCAUAUAUGGGAUAUUUUUCCAGGACCUAGUAAUCCAGGCAAGUAUAUCGAUUAGCUCAGUGGCCUGAGGCUCUACUUGGUCUACCCUGUGCACAUAGCCCUCUUCUAAUAAUGCACUUGGCUCCUGAGACCCUUACCAGCAUGUACUGUGUGGGAAGAUUCCAUUUGGACCUAGUGGAGUAAGUUCCUCCCCUCCUUAAAGACCAUCGAAACUGAACAGUUUCCAGUCAUACACAAUCCUGUUACAUAUUCCUUCAAAGAUAGGAGGGAUAGUCUAGCUUGUACAUGUUUUUGGCCUAUGCAUAGUAAGGCAAAACUUUAAUCUCGAGUGAAAUUUUAGGGACAGUCCCUGUUCUAGUUUCAUUUCUUUUGUUAUGAUAAAAUACCCCAAUGAAAGCAACUAAAGGGAGAUAAGAUUUAUUUGACUUAAUAAUCCAGGUCAAAAAUCUAUCAUUAUGGAAACUCAGAGCAGAAACUUGAAGCAUCCAUUCACAACCAACAUCAUACAGUCAAGACAGACAGGAUGUAUACCUACAUGCUUGUCUCUUAUACAGGUCAAGAUCUAAACCAGGGAAGGAUAUGGUACCACCUACUGUUAUGAUGACUCUCAGCACACAAAAAUAGUGUAAUCAAGACAAUUAAUUCCCACAUAAAUGGCACCAGACAAAGCUACUCGAGGUACUCUCUUGGGCGAUUCUAGGUUGUACAGUUGACUAUUAAAACUAACCACCACUCCUAUCAACUUGACACAUAAACUUUAAACCAUAACCUUCUACCCCUCAUCUUUAACUCUCCUGUUAUAAUUCUAUAAAAUACAAUCCAACUUUAAAAGCCCCUGAGUCUUUAAAUUUUUCAAUUAUUUAAAAAGUCCAUAGUCUGUCAACUGUGAGCUCCUUUAAAAUAAAAGUCAAGGUUCCUACUUCCAGCAUAUACAAUGGCACAGAGUAAAAAUUCCUACUCCAACAUGGAAGAAUCUGGGCAUCACAAGAACAAUCAGAUUAAAAUGAAACCAAAAUUAUCAGGACCAACACCAAGUCCUCAAAACCCACAUCCACCAGCUGAGGCUCUUAAUGUGGUCUUCUGGGUCCCACCCCUCCAGCUCUGCUAUCUGCAUCACAUACAGCAUCUCUUCUACACUUAGGCUCACUCCAUGUUUCUAGCUUUCUGUAGCCUGUGUUCUAUGGUUCUGGUUCAUGGAUUAAACAUAAAAAGGGGAUUUACUCAAAGUCACUGAUAAUGCAUUGCUGUAGCAUUAAGGGAAGAAAGAAAAGCACUUCCUUUCCCUUGGAGUCAUUUAACCAAAAGCAAGCCCAGAUUUGAAUUUUCUACUUCAUACCCUGUGUCUUCCAUCUUCUGUCUGUCUGUUGUAUAAUCCAUGCCUGCCUGAAGGCUAUCUUGUGAAUCUGUCCUUGUGUCUUGUCUCUGUUGCUAUAUGUCUGUGUACAUCAGUCUGUCUUAUGACUGUGUGUCUAUUCUUAACAAAGGGUUUUCCUCUGUAUUGAUUGAACAGUGUAGAAAGCAUAACAUGGGGGAAGGAAUAGGAUACUUUACAGAAAUCUUUAACAGAGUUUUAAAUGUGAUUAAGUCACUGGCUUCAACUGGUCCCAACUGACCCAGAUAACAAACACCACUAUUUAUUAAUUGAUAUUCAUAAAUGAUAUCUUUCAACCUUUAAGAUAAAUUUUAGAGGAUUUCUUUCGACCUCUGUGUUUACUCUUUUAAGCAAAUGAUACACAUGCAUUGUCCUGGUUCAGAGCAUGGAAGAGUUAAGUUUGCAGCUAUGUCUUAGCUUAGGUUGUAAAAGUUGAUCACAUGGGACAUCUCAGGCAAGUAAAAUUGAUUGUUACAUUGUUCUCUUAAAGGCAGGUUAAACAAAUAGGCUGAGUAAGUACAUAAUAGGAUAGCAGUCUUAAAUGACUUCAACAAGUACUAUGAGCUGUGGGUGUGAAGUCUAGCAAAAUCUCUCUUAGAAUGUAAGAGAUUAUUUUUAUCAGAAUACAUUGCCACAGUCCUAGAAUCACAAAUAUCCCAGGGGUUCCAUUUUAAUGGUAGUUUCACCUUCAUAGCUUAACACACUGGUCUUUCAGGGGCUCUCUGCAGGGACUCCAAGCCGACCACCAGAUGGUGUCUGGAGUCAGUUACCAUCUUUGAUGCCAUCAGUCUUGCAACUUUAUCAUCAAAACUAAUAAGAUGCUUAAAACGCUGGCAAGCUAUGUUGCUGGCUUCUGUGUGCCCACCCUGUGGAAACACUUGCCUAGCAUCACAAAUGCAGUACAAAAGGUGUCACUUCCGUGGAACCUGAACUUUAACAAAUACAGCCACCUUGCCAAGGACCAGCCUUGGUAGCAGAGGGGUUCUGGGAGAAGGGAUGUUUGGGAGAGGCAAAACCAAAGGAUCCUAAGUCAUGGAUCCCAGCUGGUGGCCUCUGUUCUGCUUCAGACAGUUUUCCAGACUGCCUUUUCUCUGUUCUGCUCUCUCUGGAGAGCUCCAGACAGCUCGCUCUCUCCAUCUGCUCAAGACCAUUUUCCAAGUACUCUCUUGCUGUUCUAAAAAUUUCUCUAGAUAGAUUAUCUCUUGCAGAUCAUGAGUCCAGCCUUUUAUUUUACAUAUCAGUCCAAUUAUUUGCUCCACAUUCCCUUUGGAUUAUCCUAUGAAUCAGCAUCCUGUGAUCCUAACACAUUGAUUCUUAGGAGAAAACAAACCACUUUUUUUUUUUUCUUCAAACAUUGCAAAAGAAUUAAGAGAUCUGUCUGCCUCUGUUUAAGCACAGAUGAUAAAUAAACCAGCAGUGUAGGGCCCCACUCUGAAAUUAUCAUUUUUACCAUGCCUGGUCCUCACCUUGCUCUGUCCUAGGCCCACCUUGAACUCAGCAAUCUGUCUGCCCUUGUAAGCACAAACAAACAAACAAACAAACAAACACCUUAGCUGAGUCAGAGCUCCUGUAAUCCCCAUUUCCUAAUUCUCUUUAUCUUCUUCCUCAGUAUCUUUCUGACACGCUGGCUCAUAGUGCAGAUGCCUUUGUUCUUUUAGGUCCAUGAAGCCCCUCAUAUAAUCAUAUUACAUUCUUAUAUUUUGGAUAGCUGAGAAAUUAUAUAUUUUUGAACUCAUGUUUUUAGAGUUCUUUUCCUUAAGGGCUGUCCUUCAGUUCUUAUCCAGGGUUUACUGUUUUGCUGAGACAUUAGCCACACCUUCACCUCCCAGACUUGUGCUGUCUCUGAUUAUCAUGGAGUCAGUGAGGACAUUCCAUGAAGGAGUAAUGUAAAAAUAUGUACAGUAUUAUGUAGACAAGCCUUAUGCCCACAGCAGCCAUUGACACUCAUGGAGACACAUGCUUUUGGCUCUGUCCCAGGGGUGGGAACUAUGUCAUUCCACCCCUACCAAGGCCAUGCUGGACCUGAUACCACUUCUCAGCCCAAUUGAGAUGCACUCCUGACAUGAAAAUUUCUCUUAAUUCAACCUCAUUUAGCUUCUCAAGACACAGGGAGUAAAUAAGCCACUUUUUUUUUUCUGGAUAAAAUAUCAAACAAAUGGCCCCUGUGCUAAUUCUCCAUGAAGUCUUUGUUGGCUCUGAAAUAUGAGCUGGGCUUCCACUGUCCACAUUUGUCAGAGUUUUUAUGCUCCAAGAUCCCAUUGGAAUGGCCCGUUAUGCCAAAUGCUCAACAUUCAGCAAUUUCUCUAACCUGAAGUUUGAAUCUCUUCCAUGUUACUAGGAAAAACAUGGUCAGGUUUAUCACAGUAAUGACUCUGUACAUUAACAUUAAUUUCUACCCUAAUUAUAGUCUGUUUCUGUGAUAAAAUAUCCCAAUAAAAAGCAGCUGAGUAAGAAAGCAUUUAUUUGGCAAGUUAGUUACUGUCCAUCACUGUAGGGAAGGAAGUCAAGACAGGAACUGGAAGCCAGUUAGUUAAUCCUAUCCAUAGCCAAAAGCAGAGAGGCCAUUCACUGUGGCAGGGGCAAUCUCCCAGCAGCCAUACUCUCACAAGAGAGUUAUUCUCCCUCCCUCCCUCCCUCCCUCCCUCCUUCCCUUUCUCCCUCCCUCCCUCUUUCCUUCCCUCCCUCCCUUUCUCCCUCCCUCCCUCUUUCCUUCCCUCCCUCCCUCCCUCCCUCCUUCCCUUUCUCCCUCCCUCCCUUUCUCCCUCCCUCCCUCCCUCUCUCCCUUCCUCCCUCCCUCCCCUCCAAGCCACCAAGAGCCAAUAACUCCUCCACUAAUGGUGGGGCCAAAGAGGCCCUUCAUGCAUCCUUGACGGAAUUUUUACUGGCUUGAUCUUGUAAAGGUCUGCGCAGAAACCAUAGCAUCUAUGAGUUAAUGUGUUUACAAGUUGGCAUCCACAGCGCCUAAUGCCUCUUACAUUCUUUUAUCUUCCUUUUUUUCUUUAUUGGAUAUUUUCUUCAUUUAUAUUUCAAUAUUAUCCCCUUUCCUGAUUGCCCCUCCCCCAACCCCGUUUUUCCCAGCCCCCUCCCCUGGUUUCUAUUCUUUCUGUACCCUAGCCCACAAUGUUUCUUGUUCCUUGGAUAGAGGGAAUUGAUUAUAGAUGAUUCCAGAUGAGAUUUCACAGUUACUCAUAUGUAGUACUUUGUCCAGUUAUGAGUUUCUGCAUUAGCCACUACCAAUUGCAAACCUAAGUAACCACACACCACCGUCUCACAAAUCUUAUUAAAAGCAAGUGCCAAGCAGUGGUCCAAGCCCUCAAGGAAUUUGACUCUGGCCCUUGACUCACUUGCAGUGCUUUCUGACCUAUUCUAUGGUUUUGUUUUCAACAUAUUCCUGCUAUUUUUGCAAUCUCUGUCUGCCUUUAUUUCAACUCCUUGAAUAACUGGCUGAGAACCUGAAAACAUGCACUGUUGAUGGGCACUGAUCGCCAGUACACUAGGUCCAUAACAAGACAUACGCAUCAGUCACCUCUUAAAACAACUUAUCACUGAGACUUCUCUAUGCUCUCUCUUGAAGCUAGAUAGCCCUCUAUUUGGAAUUCAGGGAGACUCAAAUGAGUAUGCACAGCCCAUUCUCCUUCAACUUCAUUACACUUCUGGUGUCAUGGGACAUCAGAAGGAAGAAAGCACGCGCAAGCUUUUUACCUAUAUUGAAAGAUGUGGACUGAAAUACCCACAUUUCAGAAAAACAUUUAGUAAGAGAAGGAAAUGUGAGGGCACAAUUUAAACCAGGUCCAAAUUCAGAGCAUCCCUACUUCCUAGGAGCUUCUGUCUGAUCCUGUUUUCUUCUCUCCAGGGGAACCUGAAAUGAUGGAACCUCAAGAUUUCUAAAUAACUUCAGGACCCAAAAUGAUGCUACUGCCUACAAAGCUAAAAAAAGAUAUCUGAGACAGAGGGUCACCAGAAGCAGCAUGCUUCUCCUGUGGCCAUUCCAUGGAUAAAAUAAACAAAGUGGACAUGGUUCACAGAAAUGUUACAUUUGCAAAUAAAUUAAUAACUGAAUC